CUUUCUUGACUGCACUAUCCUCUUAAGAGUCUAAGCAAGUUUCCGGAAAACUCAUGUAUGCGCUGGCGGAACCAGCAUGAAAUCCUGAUAUAUAUCGAAUCAACGUCGCUAGAAAAUCUACGAUAAGUCCCAUUCUCUAUCUAUGAUCAUCCUAGGGCCGAGUCAAUGUUCGCCAACUGACGGAUUUUAAUUGUUCCACGCCAAAUUCCCAAUGGACCUCAGGAGUUCGUGGCAAUCUGCUGGCAUUGCAGAUAGGCUCAUCUAUUCGAAGACGAGAAGAAUGUCAGGGGAUUUCGGUGAAUAGGUCCUUCCUAUAUCGACAAGUAUUCGCCAUGAACUCCAGCAUAUAAAGCAAGCCGUCUUCACCCUGUCCCCUUCGGACAUAUCUAGUCACAUAUCACAUCAUCAUCGCAAACAAUGCGUUUCUCCUCUGCGAUUUUCUUCGUCGUCGUCGCUGCUUUGACAUCAUCCAUAUCUGCCAGGCCCCAUGACGAUGGCAGUAUGCUCGCUCGGUCCGCUCAAUGUUCCACAUUUUGCGUGAGAGACUCGCAAUGCACUGGUUGUGCUCAAGGAUAUUGCACCCCCCUCUUUUGCCAAGUGAGCCGUGUUUUUGCUUUGACAUCAGUCCAGUAUGGUCGUUGGUUCUGACGCGCGAGUUACCAGUAAAUUUGCGGAGUUGAUAGACGUGUUGGGUUCUAAACAAUUUUGCUGCUGCUCGAGUCGAGCAAUGGAGAUCUUAGAGGGCUCGCUUGUAAAUGGGUUCUGAGUCCGUUGCGUGGAGCAUUUGAGAAGAGCUCAGCAACAGUGUGAUGCAAUCGUGACUGUAUGAUCCAG